GCAGGGUAAAGGGACCAGUAAGGAAUGGCAAAGCCCCGCCCCCCAGGGCUGGCAACGGGAGGGAGCAGUUACCACCUGGAGUUGUGGCUCUGGGCAGAGGCCUGGAGCCAUGCCAGACUCCAAGUAGGGCAAAAAAUGCCCCAUUUCUCCUCUUACCUUUGGAUUUCCUGCUGGGCUCACUUAUUGGCUAAACCCAGCAGGAAACGCUGGGCAAGGGAGGUUUGCGUAUUGUUUAACCUUUGUGACUCAGUUUCCUCAUCUGUAAAAGGAGCAACAGUAACCCCCUCUCUUAAGGCACCGUGAUGAUCAAGUGAGUUAAUCUACAUAGAGUGCCUGACACAGGCCCGUACCUAGUGUUUGGAAAGUGUUUCCUCUUACUGGCACUGAUAGCCUGGGCUAGGGGCUCCUGUGGGAGACAGAUAUGUUUCUCCUCAUGGAGGCUGUGCUUUGUUAGGGGGCAUGGGUGGAAGGAACUCCCCUCCUCCCAGCCUGGGGGUGCUCUCCUCAUUGCCUUCCACUCCCCGGCAGCUGAGAUUGUGCUGAGGCUGUUGGCUGGGGCAGGGCCCAGGCUGCGAGGUGGCCCCAUCGGGGGCACACUAGCCCUGCACCCCUGGGCACUGGUGCAUCUGCCAAGAAAUGUUUAGGUUUCCAUUCUCAGCCUGGCUUCUUCCCCCUCCAGGGCCCAGCAAGAAAGAACAGCCCCUCCUGGCCUUCCUGCUGGGGGACAGAGGCUCCCAGAGCCACUUCUGAGUUGGGGUACAGACCUCGGUGGCUCCUCAGGGGAGAAGCGCAUCUACCGGGUGCCUGUGUUCACAGCACCCUUCUGCCAGGCCCUGCUGGAAGAGCUGGAGCACUUCGAGCAGUCGGACAUGCCUAAGGGGAGGCCCAACACCAUGAACAACUACGGGGUGCUGCUGCACGAGCUCGGACUGGACGAGCCGCUGAUGACACCACUGCGGGAGCGCUUCCUGCAGCCACUGAUGGCCCUGCUGUACCCCGACUGUGGCGGGGGCCGGCUCGACAGUCACCGGGCCUUUGUGGUCAAAUACGCACUGGGCCAGGACCUCGAGCUGGGCUGCCACUAUGAUAAUGCCGAGCUCACCCUCAAUGUGGCCUUGGGCAAGGUCUUCACAGGGGGCGCCCUGUAUUUUGGGGGCCUCUUCCAGGCACCCACAGCCCUGACGGAGCCCCUGGAGGUGGAGCACGUGGUGGGCCAGGGUGUUCUCCACCGUGGCGGCCAGCUACAUGGGGCCCGGCCUUUGGGCACUGGUGAGCGUUGGAACCUCGUCGUCUGGCUCCGGGCCUCUGCCGUGCGCAACCGCCUCUGUCCCAUGUGCCGCUGUGAGCCCGACCUGGUGGAUGAUGAGGGCUUCAGUGAUGGCUUCACCCGAGAGGAGCCAACCACGGUGGAUGUGUGUGUGCUCACCUGAGGCUGCUUGGGCCCAGUGUGGGGGUGGCAGGGCAGGUGAGGGCUCUGUCGCCUUGGGCUGGGGGCAGAAAUAAACUCCCCGCAGCCUACCGCAUUUCUUGGCUCGAGGCUGUGCCAGCUUCUGGGUCAUCCUCUGGGCAAACAGGCUGCCUUAGUUCAGGUUUGUCGGAAGCAGAGUCUGGAAUGAGGCUUCGGCAAGGGAGUGAGGGAAGCAGGGGAGGGGAGGGAGCAGCUGGGCAAGGAGGUGGCUUCAGAGGAAGUCCAGCCUCAGCAGGACCCGCAAAGAGCUCCAGGCAGAGCCCACAGUACCACGGUGUGCCCACACCAUCGGUUGGCUCCCGGAUGAGGAGGCCAGAGAGGGGUGAGUAACUUCCCAUGCACUUAUCUCCAGGGCAGGGUACCUUCCAGUAGCCAAGGGAAGCUUCCAGAGACAGCACAGAUGUGAACCCUCAGCAGCAGGCAUCCCCCCCAGUGGCUCGGUGGGCCACCAGUAGCAUCUUCUAGAUGGCAGAGGGGGAAUGGCAGGGCCAGGAGCCAGGCUGCCUGGGUUCCCAUUCUGCUGCUGCCACUUCCAGCUGUGUGGCUCUGGAUGAGCCUUUGCCUUUUGGUGCCUUGGUUUCCGCAUUUAGCACCUACUUCCUAGAGCUGUUUUGAGAGUCAGAUACGCCGAUGUAUCUAUAUAAAGUGCUUUGCAAGAG